CGGGCCCGGCCGGGGACUCGCGUCACCCCCAAUCCUCUGCCCUCCGAGGACGUGUGGGGCCGGGGCCCCUCAGUCUGGCGGCCCCUCCGGGGCACACUGGGCUCUACUGCUGCGGUUUUGUCGCGCCCCGUAGCCACACGACCCGACGGCGAGGGCUGCCCCGACGUGCGGCGCCUCAACCAGCCCUUUGCACGAGCCCGCCCGCAGCCCGAGGGUCACACCUGGGCUCCUCGGGGCUGCCCGCCGCGUUAGCUGGCAGCUGGGGAGGCCCCCACUCCUGGGCCUGUGCGUGGCCCCAGCCGGAGGGACGCGGCCUGGAACUCGGUGCGUCUCGGCGGUGCCCCCUUCUUAGCGGUGCCUUUCACUUAAGCACUUUGCCACCUGUGCGAUCCCUACGCGGGCAUCUCCCUCUGGCAGCCCCUCUUUGCUCUCUGAUCUGCGCCAAGUGAUAGUUUACACUUUGUUCCUCCUCUUCUCUCCUGUGGAUUCCCUUUUAUUUGGGUGUAACCUCUAACUCUCCUAGCCUCACCCUGUAGCAGUUCUGCCACUCCCCUCCCUGUCCCCGUGGAUGUGUCCAGUUGCCCAGGGUUGUUGUCUCCUGGGUGAGGGUACUGGGACGUGGGGUCGCCGGUUUGACCUGGUAACUGCCGGUGCCACUUGUCACGAUGCUCCCACUCCACCCUGUGCCCUGGUGCUCCUCUGCCCGGACCGUCCAGCCUGUCCUGUCUGCCUAUUCUGUCCCGUCCGCUUGUCUGCUGGGUCUGCUCCUUUGCCGGUCCGUUUGCCCAGUCUGCCCUCAGAUGCUCCCUGUGCAGAGGUUCGACCUCUGCUGAUGCGGGUUCGCCUGGCAUCUUAGGCACAGACCCUCAGUGUCAGGAGGGUCUUCUUCCUGCUGGUUGCAGCAGCCUGAAUGGGAGUACCCUAUGGAAAGGUGGACAUGUGGAUUCUGUGGCUCUGGGGGGCUUGAAUUCAACUCAGUGGUGUUUUCUAGUAAAGGUUGGUGGGAUAAACAUCAGCUUAGGUUGAGUGGUACCCCACCAAAGCUCACAGUCCCAUUUCUUUCUUUGUCCAUCCCCAUUCUAUUUUCUCUGAAAAGUUCAAAAUUUAAGGACUAGGAAUGAUUUAGUCAGGUGAGGACUUAAGCAUCUUCAGUAAUCAUUUUUCUUCCAAUGUGAAGGGUUAGACUAAGGGGAGAGCUGAGAUCUCCAGUAGAUGAGGCUUCCUUGGCAUGUGUGGAAACCGCAACAGUUAAUUUUCUCAGCUGAGCUAGUUCCUUAGAGGUAGGUUUGCCCCAUCCAGUUGUCCUUUCAGGUCCCAGAAGUCUUUGUUGCUGGCGUUUGAGGGUCCUCAACCAGAUUCCUGGCCUCUGUAAAGGAGACUUGACCAGAGCCAGCCCCCGUGGUUUGGGCAGAGGGGAAGUCUGGUCCAGCUGCAUUUGGCACUACAGCUCAGGAAUGCAGGGAAUGCGGGCAACGUGGGCGCCCCUCUCUGGCCUGUCCGUGGAGUCCUACAGCCCACGUCUGGACUGAGAAGGUGGCCGGUUCCCGAGGGAGGAGUCGUACCCUGCUGUGCCUCCCAUCUGGUCGGUGGAGUCUGAUGACCCUAACUUGGCUGCUGUCUUAGAGAGACUGGUGGACAUAAAGAAAGGGAAUACUCUGCUGUUGCAGCAUCUAAAGAGGAUCAUCUCCGACCUGUGUAAACUCUAUAACCUCCCUCAGCAUCCAGACGUGGAGAUGCUGGAUCAGCCCUUGCCAGCAGAACAGUGCACACAGGAAGAUGUGUCUUCAGAAGAUGAAGAUGAGGAGAUGCCUGAGGACACAGAAGAUCUAGAUCACUAUGAAAUGAAAGAGGAAGAACCGGCUGAGGGCAAGAAAUCUGAAGAUGAUGGCAUUGGAAAAGAAAACUUAGCCAUCCUAGAGAAAAUUAAAAAGAACCAGAGGCAAGAUUACUUAAAUGGUGCAGUGUCUGGCUCGGUGCAGGCCACUGACCGGCUGAUGAAGGAGCUCAGGGAUAUUUACCGAUCACAGAGUUUCAAAGGGGGAAACUAUGCAGUUGAACUCGUGAACGACAGUCUAUAUGAUUGGAAUGUCAAACUCCUCAAGGUUGACCAGGACAGCGCUUUGCACAACGAUCUCCAGAUCCUCAAAGAGAAAGAAGGAGCUGACUUCAUCCUACUUAAUUUUUCCUUUAAAGAUAACUUUCCUUUUGACCCACCAUUUGUCAGGGUUGUGUCUCCAGUCCUCUCUGGAGGGUAUGUUCUAGGCGGAGGUGCCAUCUGCAUGGAACUUCUCACCAAACAGGGCUGGAGCAGCGCCUACUCCAUAGAGUCAGUGAUCAUGCAGAUCAGCGCCACGCUGGUGAAGGGGAAGGCGCGUGUGCAGUUUGGAGCCAACAAAUCUCAGUACAGUCUGACGAGAGCACAGCAGUCCUACAAGUCCUUGGUGCAGAUCCACGAAAAAAACGGCUGGUACACACCCCCAAAGGAAGACGGCUAACCCCGGAGCAUCAUCCCUUCCUCCCUCCCCAGGCACCACUGGACCAAUUACCUUUGAAUGCUGUAUUUGGAUCUCACGCUGCCUCUGUGGUUCCCUCCCUCAUUUUUCCUGGACGUGAUAGCCCUGCCUAUUGCAGGACAGUGAUGGCUAUUCUAAACGCUAAGGGAAAAACACAGAACUGUUCCAAGUACUCAAGACUGACUUACAGACCAACCACCUUGCUGGAACCCUUGCUAGCAGGCAUUCUUAUAAAAGAAACUUUUGAGCCUCCUUAUAUUGCUGGAAACUCAGCUGUGCUCCAGACUAGAGCCUCCUUACCUAUGCUAUGGAUUUUUAAUUUAUUUUCUCUUAUUUCAUGUACACUGCUUUUUUUGGUUACAGUGUAUGAUGGAUGUGUAUGAAAAAAAUGUAUCUUUGGGAAAACAAUUACAGUUUGUUAAUUUGAA